AAACCACAGACAAUGACGUCACUCGCUGAAAACCAUGUGACGUAGAGGGCAAGAUGGCGGCUCCCCUCGCCACGAUGAAAUUCUGGAAGCCGGGGGCUGAAGCUCCGGGGAUUUCAGAGGAGCGGGAGCUCAACACAGAGACUACCGGCUCUCCCAUCUUCUUCAACCCGCACACAGCGCUGUCUAUAGAGAAGCAGCGACAGAAACUGCCAGUGUUCAAGCACAGAAACAACAUCUUGUACUUGGUGGAGAGCUUCCAGACUGUCAUCAUAGUCGGUGAGACAGGAUGUGGGAAGACAACACAGAUACCUCAGUACCUUCUGGAAGCCGGCUGGGCAGCUGAGGGGAAGGUGAUCGGAGUCACACAGCCCCGACGUGUGGCUGCUAUCUCUGUUGCUAACCGUGUCGCAGAGGAGCGCGGAGCCCUGCUGGGUCAUGAAGUGGGCUACACUAUCCGAUUUGAUGACUGCUCUGACCCUCACGCCACAAGGAUCAAGUUCAUUACAGAUGGAAUACUGGUGCGAGAGAUGAUGGCUGAUCCUCUCCUGAAGAAAUACAGUGUGUUGAUACUGGACGAAGCUCAUGAGCGAACCCUGUAUACAGAUAUAGCGAUUGGUCUCCUGAAGAAGAUUCAAAAGAAGAGACGUGACCUCCGGCUGAUUGUGGCCUCUGCUACCCUGGAAGCCAAGAAAUUCCACGACUUCUUCAACCUGAAUGAGUCUGGGGAUCCUAACAAAGACACGUGUGGUAUUUUGACGGUGGAGGGACGCACCUUUCCAGUGGACAUCUUCUACACUGUCAGCCCUGUCCCAGACUAUGUGAAGGCCACAGUGGAGACCGUGAUGAAGAUCCAUGAGACAGAGGAGGACGGUGAUGUCCUGGCAUUUCUAACAGGACAGGAAGAGGUGGAGAAGGUGGUGUCACUCCUGCAGGAACAGGCAAGGUCUCUGUCACGAUACGGCAUGAAGAAACAUCUGAGAAUUAUGCCCAUGUAUUCUGGUCUACCGUAUGCUGAGCAGAUGAAGGUCUUUGAGAGGGUGCCGAACUCUGUUCGCAAGGUGGUGGUGGCUACAAACAUAGCGGAGACCUCCAUCACUAUUAAUGGAAUUGUAUUUGUCAUCGACUGUGCAUUUGUAAAGCUGCGAGCAUACAAUCCGUCCACUGCCAUCGAAUCCCUGGUGGUCACCCCCAUCUCUAAAGCUUCAGCCAGUCAGAGGGCUGGACGAGCCGGACGUAACCGUCCCGGGAAAUGCUUCAGACUUUACACAGAGGAGGACUUUGAAAAACUGCCUGUCGCCACCGUGCCGGAGAUGCAGCGCACCAAUUUGGCCCCUGUUAUCCUGCAGCUCAAAGCGUUAGGCAUCGACAACGUGCUGCGCUUCUGCUUCCUCUCUCCUCCUCCAGCUCAGACUAUGGUUCAGGCUCUGGAGCUGCUUUACGCUCUGGGAGGUCUGGACCAUUACGGCCGUUUGACUGAUCCGAUGGGCAUGCGCAUGGCGGAGUUCCCGCUCAGCCCCAUGUUUGCCAAGAUGCUCCUGGAGUCGGGAAACUUCGGCUGCUCCAAGGAGAUCGUUACCAUAGCAGCGAUGAUGCAAAUCCAGAAUAUAUUUGUUGUGCCGGCCAAUCAGAAGAAAGCUGCCGCCAGAGAGCACAGGAAGUUUGCAGUCGCUGAGGGAGACCACCUCACCAUGCUGAACGUCUAUGAAGCAUUUAUUAAGCACCAGAAGAGCUCCCAGUGGUGCCAGGAACAUUUUCUCAAUUACAAGGGUCUGCUGCGCUCCGUGACUGUACGAGAGCAGCUCCGACGUCUCAUGAACAAGUUUAAGGUGCCGCGGACUUCAAGUGAAGGUGACCCUGAUGUGAUCCUGAAGUGCAUUGUAUCUGGGUUUUUUGCCAAUGCCGCUCGCAUUCACCACUCUGGAUCUUACAGGACUUUACGAGACGACCGUGAGCUUCACAUCCACCCCAACUCGGUGCUUUUUGGAGAGAAACCUCCAAAAUGGGUCGUCUAUAAUGAAGUGGUGCAGACAUCAAAAUACUACAUGCGUGAUGUGACCGCUGUUGAGUCGUCGUGGUUGGUGGAGUUGGCUCCUCACUUUUACAAGCAGGCGAAGCACGGUUCACUUGCCAGCAAGAGAUCCCGGGUCCUGUAAAUGUCAUCACCACAGCAAGACUCAUUGAACUAAACGGGGAAAAUCUCUCUCAAAUAGCCACUGUGUGCCCGUCUCCAUCUCACUGUAUAUAAAGAUGUAAAAUAUUUAUUUUCCAUAAACGUUCACCUGCACAAGUCCGUCCCCCCCUCUCCCACUCCCCCACACUUUGUGGCCAUGCUAGAAUAGGACCACGCAGAUCUAUUUUUUAGUACUGACCUUAACACAUGUUUCCUUUGAAAGUGUUUCUUUUUGGCAAAGAUGUGUAGUUUCUAUUUGAGAGUAAAUGAUGACGACUGUG